GAAAAUUCAGUUGUCAAAUAUAAAGUACAUAUCGUUGAGCUGCAUACAAACUAAUUUUAUUUUGAAAUCGAAAUAAAUAACUAUCAUGAUAUAGCUCUUCGUUCGUUUAAGUUAAAGCCAAUAUUAAAACAUGUUUAUUUCUAUGAUUGUACUAUUUAUAUUAUUUUUCAGAGGAACAAUAUAUUGCGAAGAUGUACAAAUUGAAUUCUCGGAAGAUGAUUUUAAAUGUACUCUGCCUGAUGUAAAAAGUGAUGAUGACAAACUAAAUGUAACAAGAUUCAGAUCCGACUUCUCCAAAGUAUCUGAGGUUAAAUUUCCAGGUGUGAUAGGUCCUCUGAAUGAGAGACUAAUUUGCAAGAUCAAAUGUAUUGAUGGCAACUGGGUUGGUCCUCUCUGCUCCAGCACUCCAGAUGGCCGGUUUCAGCCAAUUCUCCGUGAAUGUGUUUACCGCAAUGACCACCCCUUGCUGGCCAUUUCUUUUAGAAACACCACCAUUGAGAAAGAAACGCACUUCCCCCACGGCGCCACCAUAGUAGCUCGAUGUCGCAACUUCGGGCUGUACAAGAUAAAGGGGGAUGGCAUGCUGCGCUGCGAAAACGGUGACUGGGCGCCGCGCUUCCCGGAGUGCGUGCCCACUACGCUUAUCACCAACUUCACAAGUGACGCGCCCCCAACGAUCCUGCACACGGUCGUCAGCGGCUCGGCGGUGGUGUCCGUGGCCGGCGAGUUGUUCGUGUACCCGGACAGCUCGCUGCGGCUCGACUGCGUGUCGAAGCGGGCGCUUGGAGACCCCGAGUGGGGCUGGACGCAGGCGCUCGGCCAGCACACACAAGGCUGGUCCGAGGACGAGGGAGAGCGGGACACGCACUACCGGCUGUCGCUGACCAAGAUGUCGGCGCGCCACAGCGACCAGUACAUCUGCGCGUCGCCCGCCGGACACACCAACACCGUGCAGGUUAAAGUUGUUAGCGUCAUAUGCCCACCGUUGAAGAUCUCAUCGCCGCGCGUACGUCAGUUCGCUCAGGGAACAAGACUCGGGCAUUCGGUGCAUUUUAGCUGCCAGCCGGGCUUCCAUCUUAAUGGGUCGGCUGUUCUCAUCUGCGGGGCCGACGGAAAUUGGUCAUCCCUACCCCCGACGUGCGUCGAAACCUUCUGCCCUAUGCUCAACACCCUCGGGCCUCACCUGAGCGUCGUCGAGUACAACUCCUCGUACGGCGGCCGGGCCGUAUUCCAGUGCGCGUGGGGUUACAGGCUAGUCGGCCCCCCGGGCCUCGAGUGCGAGCAGGACGGCGUAUGGAGCGGCGACACGCCGCGCUGCACCCCUAUAUACUGCCCAGACCCGAUAGUGCCAGCGAACGGUCGUCUGCUCACGCAGUCCUCCGCAAAACACGGAAAAUACCCAGUCGGCGACCUCGUCAUAUACUCAUGCGAAGACCAGUACCAAAUGGUCGGGGAAUCCUCCAUAGUUUGUACGGAGAACGGGUUCUGGUCGCAUCCUCCGCCGUUCUGCCUGCAGCCCUCGGAGAUUAGGAAGACGGACACUAUUUAUAUUGAGAACACUACGCUCGUGCAUGUUGAGGAGUAAGAUAUGUUGUGUGCAGUUAUGUAUGUAGGCGUUCGGUAUUCCGGCGUUCGCCAAUCCGGCAAUUAGUGUCUCACGAGUCACGCGCUCUUCCGCCGGAUAACAGAGUGGUUGCAUUUCAUAUAAAGAAUUUAUUUUCUAUGGAGAAUGUUUCUGGUGCCGGAUUACCGAGCGCCUACUGUAGUUGUAGGGGUGCAAUAGUGCUAAAGUAAAAGAAUUUUGUGUAGCUCGGUAAGAGGGAUACUUAAACGUGUUAAGGAGAGGGGAGGGCGUGUCAUUUUGUGAGGGUAAUCAAGAUCAGCUGCAGAGAUUGUGACUUGAGUGUAUGUGUAUUAAAUUAAGAAUGUGUGUGUGUUGUGUGUGUCUGGAUCUGUGGAUAUUGGACAUUGUAAUUUUCUCAUUUUACUAUGUAACUUUUAUGUCGGGGUAGCGGUCGUCAUAAAUAGUCCCAAUAUUACGCUAAUAAAGUAAAAUAAAGUUUAUAAUUAUGUGGCCCGUCAGGUUGAUUACCUCCAACAUCAAAUACUCAAUCAAUAAAUAAUAAUAAACGAAAUUAAAGCCCCAUUUAAAUUAAGAUUAUUGAUGAACCAAGAAUAAGUAAAAUAAAAUGUUUAAUAUUUAGAUUAACUUCAUAUUUCACGGUAAGACAGGUCCAUAACCCCCGACGCAAAAAGAGGGGUGUUAUAUGUAUGCUUGACGCUAAUGUCUGUCUGUCUGUGGCAUCGUAGCUCUCAAACAGAUGGAACGAUUUCGAUGCGUUUUUUUUUACGCGAAAGCGAGUUUCCAAGCGGUGGUUCUUAGAUAUGUUUGAUAGAAAGCGAUUCAGCAUUUUGAUGAAAAUCAGUUCUUUUCCAAAAUGAUGUGAGGCAUUUUUGGCAUAAAAUAGUACAUUACGAUACAAGUGCGAAAAAUAGGAAAUUCGAAACGAGUGGCGAUAAAUUAAAACACGACCGAAGGGAGUGUUUUAAAUCGACACGAGUUGCGAAUUACCUAUUCGCACAUGUAUCGUACAACGUUUUACAGUACAUAUGGCCCUUUAAAUGUUCGACACAGUAACGUAAUAUGCUACUUCUCGCACUAGUGCUAUAAAGUAGCCCCAUAUGUACUGUAAAGACUUUUUUUGUCACUAUGCGCAGGGGUUUUUAUUAAUGUUUAACUCGAUAGGUAGGUAUACUUAAGCACUGUUGUAUCCGUACUCUCUGAUAGUAGAUAAUAGUCAAAUAAGCCAAAGAUGUAUUGCUGUUUACGUGCUAUGUUGUUGAUUGUAUUAGUUGUAGUUGUUGGCCAUGUUAUUAUUUAUUAAUUAAAAUCAUGUGUUAUGAAA